CCCUGGGCCAAGCAUAUGCAAACCAUCACAGUGUGUCUGUGCUUCCAAAUGGCUGGCUGAGGUUCUCAGCAUUCCCAGGCCUAAGGCCUUUUGACUUUGGAAUCUGAUGAGAGCCUUUGGUCUCAGGGGCAACAGCAGACAGACCCAAAGCUUGCCAGCAUACGAGUCCUGGCAUUGUGACCUCAGCUGUUCCGCACACAAAGAGGUGAUCAGCCUACCCAUGCCCAAGCCUAAAAAGAGCUACAAGGCCGUUUGCAUGGAACUGAAGCCAGAGCUGACACAAAUAUAUGAUGUCAAAGGACUUAAACAAGAAGGGCUAUGCAUCAGAAAAGGGAUGACACAGGAGCUGAAGAUAAAGAAUUUAAUGGACAAAGAUUUCGAUAAACUUCAUGAGUUUGUGGAAAUUAUGAAGGAAAUGCAGCAGGAUAUGGAUGAAAAGAUGGAUGUUUUAAUUAAUAUUCAGCAGAACAACAAGCUUCCCUUUCAAAACCAACCAAAGGAGCAGCAGAAAUUCAGGAAGAGAGGAAAGAUGGGCAAAAACUCCCAGGUCAUCAUCAUGGAAGAAUCCGAUGAAGUAUCAUUGGCUAGUGAGAAGAUGGUGGUCCUACCAAAAACAACGAAUAACCCAAUGGAUCCCCUUCAUGCAUGCGUAAGUGACUCCCUACCCACUCUCAGCACUGGCUCUGGAGCCCCGGGCUGCUCCUGCCCUGGCUUCCCAAGAACUCUUGCCUCACCGGUGCUAUUGCCCCUUGGAUGCAUCCUUUAGUCUAGAAACCUUCUGCAGUGGCCUCGCCUUCUAGGCUGUGGUGAGUCUUAAGCCACGAUUGUGCAGUCAACCCUUGGAAGUUCCCGCUCCCGGGUUCUGCUCAGUUACUCUGUCCUUUCCUAUAGCAAAUCCUGAUGAGGUGCCCAGCAGGCUGGCCAACUUGAACCAAGAAAAAAUGAUCUUUCUUGUGCCGUUUCUGUCCUCUGCAGGAGAAAUGUUUGUUGUGUGCCCUAAAGACCACCUGCAAUCAGGGGUAGGUAGAUCCAUACAAGACGUGCCUUCUCUCAGUCGGGUGUCUUGUUAUCCCCAAGGGAGUGUGCUUCAACCUCCUUUUGCAGCAACCCCCAUCUAUGGUUGUACAGGGAACAGGGACUGUAAGUGGAUUCUGCCACCCAGCGUAACCACCCAGGCAUAGAGGAUGUGGCACCAGGAGAGAGGAUUUGGGUGGCCAAGCCUAAGGUUGCUGUCCACAAGCUUGCCUGGUGGGGAGGGUAUGCCUUUAGCAGCAGCCUCAGCCUGGCCCCAGGUCCCCCGCAUUUCUUCUUCCCAGCAGGAGACCUUCACACCAUGCCUGGGCGCCUUUUUCACCCUUGUCAUCUGGAGCUGCUUUCUGAUUUAUCUCUAUUUUACCCUUGACGAGAUGGAGUAUGUCAUUCCAACCUAGCCUAACCACGGAGCCCACCGGCAGCUCUGGUUCAUCAUCUCCUGACUCUUAUGAGCUGCACAACAGGGUUUCUGCCCUCUUAAACACCCUCCCACCCCCCACCCCUGCCCAGGCUUCCACCUGGAGAUUAAAGACUUUUGUUUAAAAGAAAA